AAUGCACGUGGAUUUAUGCGACUUAAAUACAUGCAUCCUUCUUCCAACUCCCAUCUUCACUAAAUGCAUCAAAAACUGCUCCCACACCAUACCAAAACCUUCUUCGAUCUCUCCGAGAAAAACAAACAUGUCUUUUCCCAAAUCCAGCAUGCAAUCACAAUCUGAUUCCAAAUUCGAUGAGCUUCGAUGGGUUAUUCAGAUCCGUCGAACCCUCGAAGAAGACCUUGAUCAGGAUGAUGAUGAAGUUCCCGUGUGCAUUUUCAAUGUCCCCAAAGCUCUUUUGGUUUGCGCUCCAGAUUCUUAUAUGCCACAGCAAGUCGCUCUCGGUCCUUACCAUUAUUGGCGUCCGGAGCUCUAUGAUAUGCAGAGGUAUAAGCUAGCCGCAGCCAGAAGAAUUCAAAAGCAGCUCCAAAGCCGCAAGUACCAAAAUCUUGUCGAUCAACUUACACGGCUUGAUCAGAGGAUCCGAGCAUCCUAUCACAAGUACUUGGAUUUCAAUGGUGAGACUUUGGCGUGGAUGAUGGCCAUUGACGCUUCAUUCCUGCUUGAGUUCCUUCAAACUUACGCCAUCCAAGAAGGAAAGGUGCUGACAAGAGUUUCCUCUAGCAUGUCACACUUGGUGGACUAUGCAGGAAGGAAAUCAGCACAUAACGUAAUUCUUAGAGAUGUGGUAAUGCUGGAGAAUCAGAUUCCUUUGUUAGUGCUGAGGAAGAUGUUGGAAUUCCAGUUAUCAUCCCUGGAUUCUUCCGAUGAUAUGUUGUUUUCAAUGCUAAUGGGGUUCUGCAAAGAAAUUUCACCUUUUAAGCGGAUGGAAGAUCUGCCAAAGAUUCAGGUCUCCCAGGGCUCACACCUGCUAGACUUUCUGUACCAAAUGAUCGUGCCCAAAGUGGAAGAACCAUCCGAAAUCACCGAAGCUGGGGAUCGCGAUGAAGGCAUCGAAGGGAAGGAAAACUCUCCUACAGAUUCAAGUUACGUAAAACAAGCCCUCGAUGAGAUUUGGAAGCUGCUAUCGAAAAUAAUUGGCGGCCCAAUACGUCUAAUCAAGAAGUUUCUGCUGUCUAGGGCCGUAAAAGUCAUCCUAAAAUUGCCUUGGACAAUCCUCUCUAACCUUCCUGUAUUCAAGAUUAUAAAACAACCUGUGGAGUACUUCUUUUCGAAAACAGAAGUCAAGGCAGAAGACAAGGCUUCAAGCUCAAACGACAGCAUUAGCAAACCACCAUCGGUAGAGGAAAUCUCAAUCCCAUCUGUGACUGAGCUUUCAACAUCCGGGAUCCGUUUCUUGCCCACAAAUGGCAGCAUCUCAACCAUUGCUUUUGACGCAAAGACAGGCACGUUUUACCUCCCCACCAUUAGUUUAGAUGUCAACACGGAGGUCGUUUUGAGGAACUUAGUUGCAUAUGAAGCUUCGAAUGCAUCAGGGCCAUUGGUUUUUACGCGAUACACUGAAUUAAUGAAUGGAAUUAUUGACACUGAGGAGGAUGUGAAAACACUUAGAGAAAGAGGGAUCCUCCUGAAUCGUUUGAAGAGCGAUGCAGAGGUGUCAAACCUAUGGAAUGGAAUGAGCAGGUCUAUCAGGUUGACGAAAGUGCCAUUUUUAGACAAGGUGAUUGAAGAUGUGAACAAGCAUCACAGUGGUAGAUGGAGUGUUAAAGUUAGCAAUGCCUUCAAGCUUUACGUUGUUGGUUCUUGGCAGUUUCUCGCAUUGCUGGCUGUAAUUUUCUUCUUGCUCUUGAUGAUAUUGCAAGCGUUUUGCUCGGUUUAUAGCUGCACUCGCAUUAAUCUUCCAAUCAAUACCACUAGUACAUAGUGGCUUACCUCGAUCUGUGCCUCUCAUGUAUACUCCAUUAUACGAAUCGAAAUUGAUUACUGUUU